AUGGCAAGUAAGGAAGAGCAAGCUGUCAAAUCCAGGUUCCGACGCAUCUGCGUCUUCUGUGGCAGCAGCCCCGGCAGGAACCCCAGCUACCAGCUCGCUGCUAUUCAACUCGCCAAACAACUUGUGGAGAGGAAGAUUGAUUUAGUUUAUGGAGGAGGGAGCAUCGGGCUGAUGGGUCUUGUCUCUCAAGCCGUCUUCGAUGGUGGUCGCCACGUAUUAGGAGUGAUUCCCAAGACUCUUAUGCCAAGAGAGAUCACUGGAGAAACAGUGGGUGAAGUGCGAGCCGUGUCAGGGAUGCACCAACGUAAGGCCGAAAUGGCUCGACAAGCCGACGCUUUUAUCGCCCUCCCAGGAGGUUAUGGCACCCUUGAAGAGCUGUUGGAAGUGAUCACCUGGGCUCAACUGGGAAUCCACGAUAAACCCGUGGGCUUGUUGAACGUCGAUGGGUACUACAACUCAUUGCUGUCAUUCAUAGAUAAAGCUGUGGACGAAGGCUUUGUGACCCCAGCUGCCCGUCACAUCAUCGUGUCUGCCCAAACUGCCCAAGAACUCAUGUGCAAGCUUGAGGAAUACGCACCCAAGCACCGUGAUGAGGCGGCCAAGCUUAGCUGGGAGAUGGAGCAACACUUGGUUCAAUCUCAGACCGCCAUCUCCGACAUUUGUCGUUGACUCUCUAAUCCCUCCAUUCAUCAAACUCCACAAAUCUGGUCUAAUACUUGAACCUAUACACACAAUCUUGUAGAUGCCAGCUUCAAAGUUCUAUAGAUUUUCAGUUUGUUUUUAGGGUCUCUAGUUUCUUCUUGUUUACGAUUAACGGUGUAGUUUUUUUCCCCCCCUUCUUCUCUGAUUUAUCUUCGAGAUGAGACGAUGUAUUUUUUUUUUUUUUAAACUGAGUUAACUGUGCAUUAUCUGACAGGAAAUGGGUGAUUGAAAAUGUAAGACAUUAUAUAAAGUCAAGGAGUUGCGUUUUGGCGU